GAAGCCUGUUUCCUGGAUUCUGCAGUCAGCAGCUGCAGCUUGUCUCCCAAGGACAUGGCCUAUGCUCUCUGAAGACCCAGAGACCCACGCAGCCUCUGGCCCAAAGGAGAUGCUGCCCCAGGGUGUGCCAGUCCUGCUACUUCUGGCUCUGCCCUUAACUGGAGAGAGCGUGGUCCCAUCCAAACUGGAGCACAGCCACCCGAAGCCAGCACCAGCCAAGAGCCAAGAGGCAUCUCCAACUUGCAGUCCGGGACCCCAAGAUUGUGGCACUUUCUGCACUCCGUACAAAAUCUGGCAACCUUGCCACCUCUCGGCCAGGCCAAAGGGGUCCAUCACCCUGCUCUGCACCUUCAACUACACCUGGCAGGCCAAUCAGACCGCCUCGGUCUACUGGCGCUUUGGGAACUUUCACGGGGGCUUCCUCUUCAACCACACGGAGAAUAAUACCCACCAGAACUACACAGGACGGGUGUCUCUGGUCGGGGACCCCUCAAAGGGGCACGCUUCAAUCCGAAUCGAUAAUCUGGCCCCAUCUGACUCCAGCAUAUAUUUCUGCCGUCUCUCUCUGUGGACACUGUAUGACGGGCUGCAGCAAUGGCAAGCCAUCAGCGGGACAAACCUCACAGUCACAGGUGAUCCAGUGUUGCAGCAGGCCGACCGCAGCCUUCUGGGUCCAGUGGCUGGGACAGUCCUUCCUGUCGCUGUGAUAGCUCUGGGGCUGGUGAUAUUCCUCACCUGGAGAAAAGGCUGUUCCUGGAAGUGUCGCCAAACCAGGGGGUCACCUGCCCAGAGCAAGGGAAAGCAAGAAGGAGAAUACGAAGAGGUUGACUUUGAAGGAGGAAAAUCCCCCCAGCGUGCAGCCCCCCAGCUGCCCUCUGGCCCACCUGGGGAGCCUGGCAUCCUCUACGCAGCCUUGACCUUGUCUGAUGCUGAACUCAAGAAGCCUCCUUUAAAGAUGCCGGAGGAAGGGAGAGACGAACAGACCACAUAUGCUGUCCUACACCACUGAAAGGGGCCGUUGCAUGGUGGGGGCGCAUUUCCUUGGCUGCCUCCAGCACCCGUCCCUGCUGGCCACCUCCAUUUGCCCCUCCCUCACCCGCUGGGCUCAGUGACCUCCCGAGUCCCUCCCAUGAGCAGCAGAACUCCGAGCUGCUGCCCCUGCUGGACACAGUGACCAAUUGCUGCAGCAACUGCAGGAGCUUGCCAGUGUUGGCCUACUUUACAAGGGGGUCGUAGGCAGCACUGAAAGUGUGUGGAGCACUUCAAGCAUUUGGGGAAACAUUAUCUAAAAAACCGAGAUUCAGCUCCGUUAUUAAUAUUUCUCCCUUUGUCUGGAAGUGCAUGCUGUAAUAAAAAGCAUGAACAGUU